UGGAUUUUGACAUUAUAAGUGGUUGUUGAUUUUUUUUUUUGUUCGAAAAAUACAUUUUACAUCGGAAAUGGUAUUUGAAUUUUGAAUUAAUAUUUAGAAGUUUCCGCACAAAAUCGGCUGAGGUGAUUAGAUUAGAGAUUUCUUUAAUUUCAUUGGCUCAAAUUUAAGAUUCUACGUUCAUGAAGCAAAAUUUUUAAAAUGUAUCCAUUUAGUUCACAAAAAAAUUAUUGGACUUUUGAAUCUGAACAUAAGUUAAAUUUGCUACGCCAGAAUGCAAAUAGUGAUUUUAUAGAGAAAAAUUCACAAAAAUUCAAUAUUGAUAUGCAGAAUGUGUACGAUUUUUUUUUAUCGCCAGAAGAGGAACGUUUACUUUUAAAACAAUAUGAAAUGCAAAUGAGAGAAUUUUGCAAACGCUUUGAGCCACCAAUGCCAAGAACAAUUAUUGGAACAGCACAUCAUUACUUUAAAAGAUUUUACUUGUACAAUUCACCAAUGGAUUAUCAUCCGAAAGAAAUAUUGGCUACCUGUGUUUAUCUGGCAUGUAAAGUUGAAGAGUUUAAUGUGUCUAUAGGGCAGUUUGUAAAUAACAUUAAGGGUGAUAGAUUGAAGGCUACUGAUAUAAUCCUUUCGAAUGAAUUGUUACUUAUGAGGCAACUUAACUAUUAUCUUACAAUUCAUAAUCCGUACAGGCCAAUCGAAGGUUUCCUAAUAGAUAUUAAAACAAGGACUGCAAUGGUUAAUCCAGAAAGAUUGAGAUUAGGAAUAGAUGAAUUUGUUGAUAGAACAUUUUUAACAGAAGCACUUUUACUUUAUUCCCCCUCACAGAUUGGUUUAGCAGCAGUGUUACAUGCAGCUAGUAAAGAACAAGAAAACUUGGACAGCUACGUUACAGAAAAUUUAUUUAUGAAUGCAAAAGAUAAAUUGCCAGUUUUAAUUGAGGCAGUCAGAAAAAUUAGGGGCAUGGUUAAAAAUUUAGAAUUCCCUGCCCGAGAUCAAGUUAAAUUAAUUGAGAAAAAGUUGGAAAAAUGUAGAAAUCAGGAGAAUAAUCCAGAUAGUGAAAUAUACAAACAGAAAAUGAAAAAACUAUUGGAGGAUGAUGAUGUCGAUAUAAUUGAGUCAUCCAAUUAGACGUGAAAUUCUAAAAGUAAACUGUAACCAACUUUUCAAACGAAACUUCUAAUAAGGUUUGCUUUAUAUUCCUAAGAAAUACAAAUACAUAUGUACAUAUACCUGAAGGAAAAAGGAAAACAAAUGAUUAAAACUUGCAGGCAAAACAUUCUUUACAAAAAAAAACAAAAAAUGUUUCAAUAUAUUGUACGAAUCUUUUUUAUUAUGUGUUUAAAUUAAAUUUAACAAAAAAUUA